CAUCAUUCCGGAGCUGCGGCAACAUCUUCUACCGCGAGCAGAAAGCGGCAGCUUUUCCGGGAGAUCGAUGUUCAAUGUGCGAGCACGACGAGCGGUCGGGCUCUUGUGCUCGAAAAACAAGGUACUAUUUCAAACAAGAAAAGCAGGAGCAGCAAUUUGCUGAGAAGUCACCAAAGUCUGCCCACGUUGGCGAUCAGCGCGCCGUCGCCAACACGAUCAAACAGUGCGAAUUUUGAUGAUGAGGAGGACGAGGAAGUGGAGCAACUAAGCACAGGCUCAUCUUCGCGUGCAGCCCAACUUCGACGAGACGGCGCGGAAACUACUGGCACAACUCCGCUCAGUUCUACUUGCACUGUUAAGGAAGCAGGCACUGGAGAUAAUUCAGUUUCCGCACAGCGGCCCAACGGCGGGCGAGUGACUGACGUUGAAGCUAGUGUUGCAGCAGAGAGAAGCAGAAGCGGGACCACUAGUAAAACGCCGCACGAUUCUGCUGUGACUGUUAAGCUUAAGGUUGCCUCGGCGUCCACCGUACUGGAGGAUAAUGAAAAUGAAAACGAGGAUAAUAUUGAUAUUAAUAGCGAAGAGCGCCGUGAAGCUUGUAUCUUUCCAGUCACGUCAGUCGCUCCCUCGAAGACUAGUCAACCUUCGCCUUUAUCCCAAACACUUUCCACGAUGUGCCCCUCUCCCGAGGAGUCCGUGACGUCCAGCCCGAUGAACAAUCCGCAAGUAGGAGGUAGCACGAGUUUCUUGACGUUGGGCCCGAUUACUGGCGGCAGUGCUGCUGGUGCGAGCCCCAGCAGUUUCAACUUUUCCGCGGUUGCAUCGUCGGGCUCGUCGAAUCAGGCAAAGCAGAGGAAUUUGGAACAACCAAGUGGUGUAGGUGUUGCCAACUUCUCGAACCUCUCGAAUUUUUCCACACGGACAGGUCCAGGUGGACCACGACCAACACAGCAGGUGCAAUCGCAACAUCAGCAGCGAGCGACCACGGCGUCCGCGCGGCAGAGCCCGAGCCGUUCCAGCUUUUCCAUUGCAU